GGACAGUGAAGAUGAGGAUGGUGCCAUCCUCUCAAAUUCUAAUCGCUUUAUAAGUAGAUGUUAAAUUUCUCUAUUUGUCAUUCAACCAACGUCCUUCAACGGGCUUAGAAAUGUGUAGUGCACUGAAAAUAUUGGUUUGUGUUGCCACAGUUUUAGCGCUGUCGGAGGCUUCAAGUGAAAGGCAAAAAAGAUCUGAUUAUGGCACUUUGAACGAGAGCCCUUGGCGCUCACCAACAAGCUACGGAUUCCGCCCAAAUAACAACUAUUACAACAUACCUACCACCAGAAUAACGAGAGUGUACAAUCCAUACCAGAACGGAAGGAACAACCAAAGAGCCCCUUUGACCAGAAACGUAGCUCAAGACCAGUCUGGAUGGGUCCCUAUCUCUCCAAACUCUAACCAACAAAAUGGUUAUAGGUAUGCACAACAAAGACCAAGAGAUUACUCAAGGGCCAACGCAUACAACACCAUUCGAUACAGUAGUCCAGUUGAUGUUGAAGGACUUUUGAAUGGAAGAACUGGGCAAAGACAACCAAACUAUUCAGUGCUUGCUACUAGAGGCAAUCAAGUAGAUCAACAGACUUUGAGGGCCAUCGAUGGAAAAGUGUUGAUUCAGUCGACUCAGGUUCCAGCACGAAACCAAAUCUAUAGAAACUUGAACCAAGGAUCAAGGUAUCAAGGUUACCAAAGACAACCAGUCGUUGCUCUCAACAACAGAGGAAUUGGUGCCCAAAACGGAAACAUCCAUUUGACUAGAGUAAACCCUCUACCAGUUGCUGUUGGAGGUCGUUUCCUGGGUCAGCAAGAAAACCAAGGAAGAAAUUUGAACCAACCAAUUGAUGGAAUUGACCAACAAACUUUAGAACACUUGAUUAGAUCAAAUGAACAACUUCCAGCAAUCGAAGGAAGAUUUUUGGGAGUCGUAGAACAGGAAAGGCCUGUAGAAGAACAGCGACUAACUAAUGAUGCUUCUAACCAGGAUAACCUUAGGGUUAUUAAUGCAGGACAUUUGCUCGCAGUCAACCAAAUCCCUGUAGUCCAAGGCCAAAUUCAAGGAGGAAAUGUACAAAGACCAUCUGGUUAUGCUGUACAAGAAAAUGCUGAACCUGAAAACCAAUUGAACCAACAAGAAUUAAGAUCUCAUCUGAUUGCUGCUAACCAAUUACGAUCUAACGAACAAGUAGGACUUCCAACUGCUGAACCUGCGAAUCAAUUGAACCAACAAGAAUUAAGAUCUCAUCUGAUUGCUGCUAAUCAAUUACGAUCUAACAUACAAGGAGGAAUUUCAACUGCUGAUAAUCAACAGCAAACAGUCGAAGACAUUUAUCAACCUGAUGAGGAGUUGAAGCAGAUUUUAAGAGUUGUAACCCCAACAAACUUGGUAAGACCUAGUGAGCCUCAGAAUGUACAACAAUAUUUGAGAAACAACGUUCAACAGAACAACCCUACAGUUGGUUAUGGGAUUGGAGUAGGUGCCCCAAUUACCGGUGAAUCUUCUGCUCAAAAUUUAGCUCUUGUUAACUCCAAACCUUUGUAUGGUGCUGACCAACUUUCUGCUGUACAGGGGCAAAUCCUUGGUAAUCCUGUAAGACAACAGUAUAUUCAAAACUAUUUAGGUUCUUUAGAUCAACGUAGGCCUCAGCUGUUGAAAGUGAUCAACGCCGAUUCUGAACAAGAAAUCCGUUCCAAUCAAUUACAAGCUGAUCAGUUAAGGUUGAUUGAUGAACUCAGGAAUAACCAAGGAUCUGAUGUAGGUGCUUCUAAUGUUGAAGGUGAUGCUUCCCAAGGUCAGCAACAAGGAGUUGAUGAUGGAUCAAACCAAAACGUUUACAGCUAUGCUGAAUUGACUGCUAGGAUCUGGAAAGUCAUCAAAUCUAACCCUGACAUGAUGGCCAAUCUUGAAAAUUUGAGGCAGCUUCUUUUGGACGACAGGAAUUCAAGGAACCAGCAAAUAAUGGAGCUUAGAGGGUUAUUGGAAGAAGCUCGUAAGUACGCAGCAAUCUACCGUAGGAAUCAAGCUGGUCAAACUUUGGAACAACAGAAAAGAAGCAGAUUUGUGAGCGAUCUUAUUGACACAAUGAAUAAAAACGAACAAACUGUUAACCAACGUAGACAGUUGCCUUAUGGAGUCAACAAUAGAGACACUCAGGGAAGAUUUAUCGUUCGUCCAGCUGAUGUUAACCCUCUGCUCAAGAAAUUCUUGCUACCAACAGCUGUAAGAAAUGAAACUCAGACAAUAACUACUUCUUCAGAUCGUCCUACACCUAUUAUUGUUAGACCAAGCAACAACGUACCUCUACCUCAGUUGGAAGUUGCUGAACCUUUCGGCUUUGAUCAGCUGGAACAUCAUUACGACUUGAGUCAAUGGAAGAAAAUUACUGAGUCACUUAGGGGAAACCCCUUUUUGGAACAGUAUAACAUUUUGGAACAUUUAGUUUAGUUAUUUCAUAGCAACUAAAAUGAAACUUUGUUAUGUUUUUUAUUUGCUGUGAUAUUGUUGGUUAUGUUAUGUUUUUUAUAUUGAAUUAUAUUGAUUCGUUUUCAUCUAAAA